ACGAAUAGUAACCACUAAACAUAAGCACCGACGAGGACCAUUAUUUUUAGAAGAGAACAGUUUAAAAAUCCCACCGGUUAGGAUCGCGAACUCGUAAACUGCCUUCCAACCAUGCGCCGUGGCGAACGUCUUGGUCAAGACGGUAGCGUCGCAUCGUAUAUAAUAUAUAGUUAUUGGUGCUGGAGCCUCUGCGAUAAAUAAGGAUGGGUGCUCCUGGUGUAUUUUAACGUCGAUUUCCUACCGCUAUCAGUUGCUUGCUCGUCGGCUGUAGUUCGUAAGAGAUAUUGGACUUGUGGAAUCCCAAUUCUCGUUUCACCAUGCCUGUGUCUACCGCCUCUCUCAUCACCUUACUCGGUGCCUUCGUCACCACGACUCUCGGGCACGGAUACGUCACCGGCUACGUGGCGGACGGCGUGCAGAAACCCGGCUUCUUGCUGCAGUACUACUACGACAAGAAGAACGGCGGGAGCGUGCCUCCCCUGGCCGCUUGGUACGCCGAAAACCUCGACAGCGGCUUCGUCGCCCCCGACGCCUACCAGACCGCCGACAUCAACUGCCACAAGAACGCCGCGCCGGGCGAGCUGACGACGACGGUGAAAGCCGGCGGCUCCGUCGUGUUCCAGUGGGGCACCGCGGCGGGAGGAGCGUGGCCGCACCCGUACGGCCCGAUCAUCGACUACAUCGCCCCCUGCGACGGCGACUGCAGCAAGGCGGACAAGACGAAGCUGCAGUGGAUCAAGAUCCAGGCCAGCGGCAUCGACGCGGGCACGCAGGAGUGGGCGAGCGCGAAGCUGAUCGCGAACAACAACACGUGGACGACGACGAUCCCCGCGUCCAUCGCGCCCGGCAACUACGUCCUGCGGCACGAGAUCAUCGCCCUGCACGGCGCGGCGUCGCUGAACGGCGCCCAGUCGUACCCCCAGUGCUUCAACAUCGCGAUCACGGGCUCGGGCACGGCCAAGCCCAGCGGAACCCUCGGCACCGCGCUCUACAAGAACACCGACCCGGGUAUCCACUUCAACCCGUACGCUACUAUUACGGAUUACCCGAUGCCCGGCCCGGCGCUAUUCACUGGUUAGUUAGAGGAGGAGGAUUCUUGAAGGAUUCAGAGCGGGCCACGGUGCGGCGAAAUGUGGGUAAGGUUAGGGAGGAAGUCAAGUCGGAGUUUGUUAUUCGGAUGUUGGAUAACAUACCUGGUAGUUAAGCUUGAAGAAUAAUACAAAUCAGCUAUUUAAGCUAUCUUCGUAGCUGACUUAUAACAUUUUGGCGAG